CUCCGAGUUGAGGGACAUCUUCUGUGUGAUGACUGAACUGUGACGGUCAGAGGAGGUUCGGAUGUUGAGUGCGCAGCAGUGUGCUCUGCUGCUCAGCUGACCCAUAGGAAGAGCUGUAAAUGUAGGGAGAGAGAGAGAGGUAGAGAAAGAGAUAGAGGGGGGAAAGAGAGUUACAGUUUGUGUUUCUGAGAACUUCGCCCGUCCCGCUUCGUUCCGGUCCCGACGCACAGACUUGUUGCCGCAGCAGCAGCGGUCUGAGGGGGUUUUCAGGUGACAGCUCCAGGACUUCAAAUCAAGCUGCAAGGAUGAUGUCCUACAUAAAGCAACCCCAUUACACCAUGAACGGGUUAAAUUUGCCCGGCCCAGGGAUGGAUGUGCUGCACACAACCGUCGCUUAUCCAUGUAAGUUUUUCUAAACUUUUAAUAUGUUUUUUUUAGUCUUUUCCUUCUCCUGGUUCUGUGGAAGAGACAACGUUCGAGCCAAAAUGGCACGUAAAACGCGAUGGCUGUGCGUAACGCUGUAACGCACCAAGGCAAAUGAAAGAGGAUAAACACUGCUUCAUAAGAGCCAAAGUCCUGUUCAGAUGAUUGAACGACAAUGAUAACGUGUUAAAAAUAAUAAUAACAAUAAUAAUAAUAAUUACCACUCCUUUUUCAUCUAAGGAGAAACCGGGUAUUCUCAUAUAUAUAUAUAACUUAAGCUAUGGGAAACAUUAUUAAGUAAGAAGUCACUGUAAUAAUUUGUACUUGAACUUACUGUCUGAACUUUAAUGUUUUGGUUCCUGCUUUACAAUAACACCACACUUUGAGUCAUUUCAAGGACUGAGGCGCACAUCAUCUGUGGUGUGUUCAGUGUCUCUCAGGAAACGAAACAAUUCUUUUUAACACUUCUUACAUUUUCUACCAGAAAACUCCAAACUCUGAGAUAUCUCACUCUUCUGUACAUCUGCAUCUUUACUUUGUCUUUAAGUAUUGAACACAGACACUGGCCCAUAGAACACAGUCCGAUAUGUCCUUAAACUUUAUUGAAAUAUGAAAGCUACAGCUUUAAAGAAGCAGUGACUGUAACCUUAGUUGAAUGAAAAGAAAUAAACUUGGGCUUCACAAUGGUUUUAACACAGCCCCUUUGUAUUUGUAUGAACUGUUCUAGUCAUAUAAUUCAGAGAGACAAAGAUGUGUCUGUUACAGCAGAGGGAAGGCCCUACUCUUAAAGUAACAAAAAAGGUCAUUACUCAAACACCGUAGCCAGAUUGUAACAAUAAUAAUGAUGAUAAUAAUAAUGAUAAUAAAAAUAAAUCUCGAAGUGUCUGUUGUAUUUGCAGCCACUCCCAGGAAGCAGCGCAGAGAGCGCACCACCUUCACCCGCACACAGCUGGACAUCCUGGAGGCACUGUUCUCCAAGACCCGCUACCCUGACAUCUUCAUGAGGGAGGAGGUGGCCCUGAAGAUCAACCUGCCUGAGUCACGUGUUCAGGUGAGGAGGAAGUAGGCUAGCACUAAUAUAGAGGCCGAUCUGUUCAGUGUUUGUGGGUUAGCAGUCACAUUGCACAUCCUAUUAAGUUUGAAGCCCUUUCUACCAAGUUACCUCCUGUCAACGAGAAACUUAAGAUAUUUUCAGAGGUUACUCUUUUCCUCUCCAUCAGUUUAUUCAGUGUAAUGACAUUUUUAGCCUAAAGGUUUAACACAGAUUUAUGAGACAAGGACAAAAAUAAUCAAACAUUCAAAUACAGAAGAAAGAUAAUUUAAACGUUUGUUUUACCUCCAACUAUUUAGAAACACAAAAACACUGUUUAAUUUCCUCCCAUCUGCAGGUUUGGUUUAAGAACCGCCGGGCAAAGUGUCGCCAGCAGCAGCAGCAGAGCAGUGGUCAGUCUAAGCCCCGCCCACCAAAAAAGAAGGCCUCUCCAGUUCAGGAGCCCAGCGCCCCUGACCCUCUCCCGAACCCGACUGGAUCUUACAGCCCCGCCUCGGCUCAGUCUGGCCCGAGCCUGGCCCCCAGCUCCAGCACAGGAAACACGGCCGUGUCAAUCUGGAGCCCCGCCAUCUCGCCACUGCCUGACCCCCUGGCCUCCUCCUCGGCCCCCUGCAUGCAGCGGCCGUCCCCUUACCCCAUGAGCUACAGCCAGCCAUCGGCCUACACCCAGGGCUACGCCAGCACCACCUCCUACUUCACCGGCCUGGACUGUAGCGCCUACCUGUCCCCCAUGCACUCACAGCUGUCAGGCACCGUGGGGGCGCUCAGCCCCAUCACUGUUCCCUCCAUGGGGGGCUCCCUGAGCCAGUCCCCCGCCUCAUUGUCCUCUCAGGGCUACAGCACAGCAUCCUCCUUGGGCUUCACCUCGGUGGACUGCCUCGACUACAAGGACCAGCAGGCCUGGAAACUUGGCUUCACCACAAUGGACUGCCUGGACCACAAGGACCAGAACUCCUGGAAGUUCCAGGUCCUUUAAAACCAAGUAUGGAGGGAUAUCAGCCACAGAGGACUCUUUUCAGUCUGUUUGUUUGUUUGUAAGGAUUCUGUUUGUUUUCUGAAGGCCACCUCUGUAGAGAUGAAUGACCCCGGGCUGACCUUCACACUGCCUGACUGAAAACCAGAUCUCUAAACUUCUUCAUGCUGUGUUGAAAAAGAGAACAAAAGCCUUUAAAAAGUUUGUAGAAGACACUGAAACAUUCUGAGCCACCUUUUUGUCCAAGAGACUGUCGAGCACAGACACAAACACUUGUUUUAAACUUGUUAGAGAGUGAGGGAUAGCUGCUCUCACAGGAAAGAGCUCUGAUACUAUUAUUAUUAUAAUUGUUAUUAUUUCGUUCUAUAUUUGAAUUUUUGGUUUUGUUUAGACCAGCAUUGUUGUAUUAUCUAUGCCAUGUAUUUUAGUGUUAGUGUGUGGUGUUAUAACCCCCACCUGUUUGAUGAAAGUCAGAUCUUUGUUUUAGUCGUGUGAACAAUUAAAG